AUGAGGGCUGAAGCCAGGAAGUGUCAACGACUUCUUGAUUUCUUCGCGAGGCCUAAUCUGGAGAAUUCAGAAGUAUUUUCCUAUGAAGACAGGAUUUGUUCGGCAGAUGAAUCUGAAACUCCUGCAGUGACAGAAAACAGUACAGCUUGUUUUCAAAAGAAAGAGAAAAAAGAUGCAGGGCACAAAUUGACAUUUGAAUCCAAGUGGCAAGAGGACAGGCCUUGGUUGAAAUAUCAAGAUGUCCAAAAUGAAGAUGGCGUCAAAUAUGGCAUGAUGUUUUGUUCUCUUUGUCAAAAGUGGAAUACAAAAGGGAGAAAUGGAUCCAUGGUAUGGAAUAAGGAGGGAUGUGAGACCAUUAGACUUGACAAAGUGUCAUUGCAUGAAACCUCACCGAUGCAUCAAGAUGCAAUUUCACAUGAGAAGGAGGAAGCAGUUUCAAUUAAGAAUGCUUUCAGGAAUUUUUCUGGACUUUUUGGACCUUUAAUUGAUUUAUGCAUUGAACUUGGAGCUCCUAACAUUGCCAACCUUUACUGUGGUAAGAAUGCAUCUUACAAGGGUCAUAGGACAAGACAAGAGUUUGUUGAAUGCCAAGUUGAAGUAGUGGAAGAGGAAGUGGAGAAGAAAAUGAAGGAGAGCACUUCAUUUGGACUCAUGCUUGAUGAGUAUACAGAUGUUUCAACGAGGAAACAUCUUGCUUUUGUUGGCCAUUAUGUUGAGGAUGGGGAGUCCAAGCUAGCUUACCUUUGUGAUCAGGAAAUCCCGAAUGGAACUGCAGACACAAUAGUUGAGUCUCUGAAGUCAUAUGACAAAUUGUACUUUAUCCUGCUCCUCUGCGGUGUCUGUUCCAUGUUGGCUAACCUGACAAAGCUUUUUGAGAGGAGAGAUUUGGACUUGAGUAUUGUUGAACCACAACUUCGCAGCAGUGUAGCUUCACUGAAGAGGAUGAAGGAGAAGCCAGGCCCAUAUCUCUCAAAAGUUGACCAGCUUACUUCCCAGUAUGGUAUAGAGAUGACCAAUAGCAGGCAGAUAAAAGUACAAUCUUCAAUGGAUACCUUCCUUGACCUACUGAUUGGAAACUUAGAAGACAGACUGCAAGCUACACCAGUCCUCACAAGUCCGUCAGCCCUUGACCUGAGGAAAGCUGGGGAUUCCUCAUUUCUCACCUUUCAUGGAGAUGCUGAGUUGUUAAUAUUACAAGUAGCUAUUUGUAUUUUAUAUCUCUUACAGGUGUCAGACCUUGUAGAACAGUUCCAGUUGGAUACAGACCAAACUCUUCUUGAGUGGAAUCAAGUGAAGGAACUCUUCUCUGAAGAUCUUGACACUAGCUCACCUGCAGCCAUGCUCACAACAUUGACAAGCCUGAAGCCACAGCUGGGCAACCUGUAUCCAUGCAUGGUCAAGCUGCUGAGUGUUUAUGCUACAGUCAUCCUGUCAACAUCAGAAGUGGAGAGGGUUUUCUCAAGAGUGAAGCUCAUUGUUACUGACCACAGAAACAGACUGAGUGUGAAGAACUGCAACAGGCUCUUGAUGAUAAGCAUGAACACAUCUUCCACAGCUGACAUUGACAUGGACAAAGUUGUUGCAAAAUUCCUGUCCAGGAAGAACAGGAAAAUCUGAGACUGUACAAAGAAUACAAUGAUUGAUAUCAACACUUGGUUAUUUUUAGUUUUUAUUUUAUGUCGAGGUUACGUGAAAUAACUGUGCUCUUUCAGCCUUAGA